CAACUGGUUCGUUCCGGUCUUCGUCAGCCAACCAGGAAAGGGGGUUUGCUGUGAUCUGGACUGAGGCGGAUGAGACCAGCGACCAUUGUUCCGUUCCGCCUCUCUUCGCCUUUUGCCAGGCUAAAAACAAGAGCCCGAAGCGGCUUCUGGCUACCGAACGGCGCGAACGACACGAGUUGCUGGCUCUCGUCUCGUUUAUUUUUCAUUAUUUUUUUCUGUGUCCCCACUCGACGUACUCUCAACCCGAGUGGUGGGGUGCGCUCGGGUUUGCCAGUCAGCUGCUAAAUGGAAAUAAAACGAGGAGCUGAAAAUGGCAGCAGUCGAGCUAACGACCUCCCCGUGCAUUACCUCCGCCUCCUGGCCCCGCCGCUGCAGCUCCUUUCGGCUGCAAUGUGGCGCGUCGUGCAGCAGGGACUGGUGGACCACUACGGCAUGCUGGAGGAGUUUGUUACCAUGGUGACAGAGCUGGUCCCCGAGCUUAUGAGCUACAGCCAGAGGGCUCAGCUCACCCUGGGACUGAGGGCCAGGCUGGUUCUGGAGUUGUGUCGGGGUGAGCAGCCGGCGGACAUGCGGACCAUGCAGCCCCAUCUGGACAGAAUCAAAGCUCCCGUCAGCACGGCCAAGGAUCACCAUAGUACCAUCGACCUGGUGGAGGAGUCCGAGGUGAACUUUGUGGAGCUGGUGCACUCCUUAUUGGAGGACCCAAUGGAGAGGAAGUACUUUUUUGAGGAGAUCUUCCCUGUGUACUUUGGGCCAAAGUAUGACGCGGCGCUGGAGAUGCUGGUGUGGGAGUUUAUUUCCAGACUGGAGGAACUGCUCCCGGUCCCUGACUUCACGCAGCUGGCAGCUCUGCUCGGAGACGCUCCGUCCUUCCUCAGCGACUGUUUACAAUCCUUUUUCCCGCCAGCCGACAUGAAGGCUCUACUUGAACACCACAGAAACCUUGGUCAUUUCGAGGAAAAAGAUCCGAGGUUAUUACCUAUGGACGACUGCAUCCUCACCUCGAUGUCCCUCCCUCCCGGGACCAAAGCCGCCACGGACGCUACCUCCUACUUGCCCGCCCACAGAGACCCGAGGCCCUCGGAGCACCACGGCCGCGCCAACGCGAGCACCCCGGAGAUGACGAGCAGGAGGCCUCGGGACUUUGCUCACGACGGCAGGAAGCCGAGCUCCUGCGACGAAACCAUCGACCUUACGACGUCCAACGACCCCGAGCCCGAUGAGCUCAGCCAAAGCUUCGUGGCGGGGCGGACCCUCCGAAAGAGGAAGCUGAGCGGUGGCUUGGAGACGCCCUCAAAGCAGCGGACGGAACUUUCCUCAUUCUUAGAGUCCUCUGUGGAUGAUGAGAAUUCUGGAGAAUCUCCUUUAAUCUCCAUAUGGGGCGAUUAUACAGAACCUGCGGAAGGUCCCGGCGCAGCGGCGAGCGACCCGAAAGUUCCCUGGACGGAAGAGGAGACUCUCCACCUGCUGGACAUUUGGGGGAAUGACUCUGUGCAGCAGGCCUUGAAGGGCUGCCUGAAGAACCGCCACAUCUACGUCCAGAUCGCCCACACCAUGGCCGAGAGGGGCUUCAAGAGGACGGUGGAGCAGUGCCAGACGCGCAUCAAGCGCCUGAAGAAAGGCUUCCGCCAGAGCAAGGGAACCUCGCGGGUGGAGCACACGUUUUACGAGCACAUGAAGCGGGUGCUGGGCACGCCGGCCGCGUCCGCCGCGCCCGACUUGACGUACGACGUCGACGAGGUUAUCGACGACGAGGAGUCUCAGGACGGCGACGAGGACUUGCAGUUUGUGGGCCAGACCAGUCAGGAAAUUGGAACCCGAAAUGUGCCGUGGACGGAACCGGAGACGCGGGCCCUCAUCAACACGUGGGGCCAGGAGAAGAUGCAGCAGGAGCUGAGAGGCACCAACAGAACCAUGCACAUGUUCCCCAUCAUCUCCACGCAGAUGGCCGCGCAGGGAUUCUCCAGGACGCCCGAGCAGUGCCAAACCCGGCUCAAGAGACUCAAGUCCAGUUUCAGGCAGUGCUACGAAAACAACAUGAAGGGUCUGGAGCAAGUUCAGUGCAAGUUUUAUAACGAACUGGCGAGGUUUCUACUGAAAGAGCACCGCUCGACGCCGCAGCUGAACGAGACGUCAACGGAGACCGACGACUACGACUCGCCUUCCUGCUCCGGUCAGGAUGUCGUGUCUGUUGUCAGCCUCCAGGACGACAGGAAGAAAGUCCCCUGGGCUGACAAGGAGACCAUCAUCCUUCUAGAACUCUGGGGAGAAUCUCAGAUCCAGCAGAGCACCAAAGGCUUUCCGCCCAACGUUCACAUUUUCAGCGAAAUAUCGGAGAAGCUCUCCGUCCACGGCUUCACCCGCACCGCCGAGCAGUGCCACACCAGAAUCAAACGGCUCAAGACCAAUUACUGGGCCUGUCGAGACAGCAUGAGCUCGUCCGGGACCGAAAAGCUGAAUUUCAAAUUCUUCGAUUUAAUGGAACAAAUCCUGGACAAGCGUCCGUCCACCUCCGCCGCUGUCGUCACCGACCCAAUUGAAAUAUCGGAAGACUCCAACGGAGACUCCGUGACCGAAACAGAGGGCGAAGCGGCCGCAGCCGUCAGCUCGUGGUCGGACGAGGAGACGUCGGCGCUGAUCGACAUCUUCGGACAAGAGGAAGUGCAGCGCCCGCUCACGGGUUUCGUCUCCAACGGGCACGUCUACGCGGAAAUUUCCGGGCGGCUGCGCGACCUCGGCUACGCCAAAACGCCGGAGCAGUGCCACGAAAAAGUGAAGACGUUGAAGAGCAACUUUCUCAAGUGUUACGAAGGGAAGAAAUGCGGAAGGCGAGUGGAUGACAUUCUCCAAGCGAAGUUCUACAACCAAUUGGAGCAAGUGUUCGGAACGGACGUGGUCUCGCUGGACGACUGCGACGAGCAGGACGCGGGGACGCCGGACCCCCUGAACGCGCCGUGGAGCGAGCAGGAGACGGAGGCCCUGGUGGAGGUGUGGGCCGCCGACGACGUGCAGCACAGCCUGAAGACGUGCGUCCGCAACGGCCACGUCUUCGCCGACAUCGCCGAGCGACUGGCCGCCGUGGGCUACGUCAGGACCGCCGACCAGUGCCAGGCCAGGAUCAAACGGCUGAAGAAGACCUACAGGCGCCACUGCAACAGCCGCAGAAACGGCCGAUCCGGAGCCUUUCGCUACUUCAACCUCCUGGCGCCGGUUCUGGGCGACGACGCUCUCUUCGACGAAGUGGACACGUCGUCGUCUUCCGCUUCCCUGCCCGUGCCCCCCUUUGACGAAAGCUACGCCGACGUGUACGAGCAGCCCUCCACCAGCCACCUGGUGCCCGACCCGAGCAGGAAGAUGCCGUGGUCGGACCAGGAGACGCACACCCUGCUGGAGAUCUGGGGCGAGGACAACGUGCAGCUGACGCUGAGGGGCUGCCUGAAGAACCGCCACGUCUUCGAGUUCAUCUCGGAGAGGAUGAGCAACCGGGGCUACGCCAGGACCACCGAGCAGUGUUACACUCGCAUCAAGCGCCUUAAAUACGGCUUCCUCCAUGAAAAGCAGGAAUUUAAGUUCUUCCGAGAAAUGGAGGAAAUCUUCAGUCGGGAGUUGAAGUUGGACGCGUCCGCGGCGGGCAUCCCGGUCCCGGACGAGCACGACAACGGCACGUACGAACCCAUCAGAGAUUUCGUGGCGUCGCCGGGCAGCCAGUGGUUGUCGGACAACUCCAAGCACCCGUGGAGCGACGGCGAGACGGAGGUGCUGCUGAGCGUGUGGGGGAGCGAAGACGUCCAGGAGAACCUGAAGGGCUGCACCAAGAACAAGCACAUCUUCAUGCAGAUCUCCGACGCCCUGGCCAGCCACGGCUACCAGCGCACGCCCGAGCAGUGCCAGACCCGCAUCAAGAGGCUCAAGUACACCUUCCGGCAGUUCCUGGACGGCAGGAAAGGAGACAAACAAGAAUGCAAGUAUUUUGACCAGCUGGUCAAGAUAUUUGGCGACAAGUACAUCAUUUCCGACCAGCCGCCCGACGACGCGGCCGACUGUUUCGACUCGUAGACUAAACGGCACUUUGUCGCCGUGCCAAAUGUCGGAGCCACGAGGAGGUCGCCGAAAAAACGCUCACCUGGGACAUUCGUGCUGAAAAGCUGUGACGCCGUCGUCUGCGCCGAUGCCAUAUCCGGGCCCGUCCGCCCACCCCCUGGCCUCACCCAGAACCCGAGCCGAGACCCUCAGAAGGGACACGUCCGCCGGUUUUCCUUGGGGAACCGCCGACCUUUUUCCCCCAAACAAAAAAUGUCCACAAUCUUUUUUGUACUUGACGACACUUCACGAGUCCAAUAUAUUACCUUUCUACGUCAUUUUAUACACUAUUGUUGAAUACAAUUUUAAGUGCUAAAGAAUGAGAUACAUUCUGUUUCUUAAUCGCAUCAGACGUCUUAAGCAGAGUUCUAUUUAUUUAAAACGUUUCUGGAUGUGAUCCAAAGUUUUGUAGCUAAUUUAUUCUUUUUUUUUUUCCACUUUUUGUCACUGAAUUUGUUCUUCCUGCUCAUGUAUGUGAUUUUUUUUUUUUUUAAAUCAUUGGUGAAAAACUGGUUUAAUUUCAGGAUCUGUUGCUGUAACUUGUCAUGUUGUAAUUUCACACUUUGUACAGCGGGUUCAGUAUAAAUAAAGAUCCCGAAAG